GCGCCGCGCCCGGGCCCGGCCCGCAGGGAGCGCGGGCCCGCGGCGGGGCCGGCGUCCCUCCCCAGCUGCAAAAUGCCGAGUGUGGAAAAUGUUCUCACGAGAAGACCUUCUCUGAUGUUUGAUCUUUGUCUGCUUUCAAGCCUAGUCGGCAAGAAGGGAGAUUUAAUACCAAGGCUGUGCCUUUCGAAACAGGACAUACGGCUCAGGUGUUCCUGAUGUAUCAGCCAGAAGUCCUAGAAAACAAUUUCAGGAAGAGAGAGUUACAAGUGACGGCAUUCUUUGAAACGUGAUCGGAGAUUUGGUCUAAAGGCCACAGGGGUUUUACUGCUUUACUUCAGGAGAGCAAGUGUUUGAUUUCGUCACUCAUCAGGACUAUAGUGGGCCACUCUGCAGAUUGAGGAGGGAGUAAAAAAGCAGAAGGCGAUGGCACUUGAAAAUAUAAUCUCCACUGGGAUCAUCCAGAGAGAUGAGACUCCCAUGGAAAAGGAGGUUGUUGGCCAGUGCCGAGGAUGUUUCAGCCUUGCUGAUGUCAUGUACUUCUCCAAGAAGGGCUGUGAGGCAGUUGUGGAAGAUGAAGUCACUCAACGGUUCUCCUCUGAGGAGCUGCUGUCCUGGAAUCUCCUCAGCAGAACCAAUGCCAACCUGCACCAUGUCAGCUGGAAACUGGCUGCUGUGUGGGUCACUGGCAUCCUAAUUCGGUAUUGCCUCCUGCUGCCUUUACGCAUCUGCUUGUCUGUUUUCAGCAUCCUGUUGCUGAUGUUGGCCACUACUGUAGUAGGACAGUUUCCAAAUGGCAGAGUUAAAGGCUGGCUGAGCAACCAGGUCCAGAUGAUAUGUGCCACCUUAGGUGUCCGAUGUCUGAGUGGCCUUGUUCAUUUCCACAACAGGGAAAACAAACCACAGGAAGGAGGCAUCUGUGUAGCCAACCACACAUCUCCAUUGGAUGUCCUAAUCCUGGCCAGUGAUGGAUGCUAUUCCUUGGUUGGCCAGGUACAUGGAGGGCUUAUGGGACUUAUUCAAAAAUCCUGCAUGCAAACCUCUCAGCAUGUCUUGUUUGAACGCUCAGAAAUGAAAGACCGUCACCUGGUGAGGAAAAAAAUUAGAGAACACAUUGCCGAUAAGGCCAAGUUACCCAUUUUAAUUUUCCCAGAAGGCACCUGCAUUAACAACACAUCGGUAAUGAUGUUUAAGAAGGGAAGCUUUGAGGUAGGAGGAACCAUCCAUCCAGUAGCAAUCAAGUAUGACCCCCGCUUUGGAGAUGCCUUCUGGAACAGCACAAAGCAUUCCAUGAUGACCUAUGCUUUUAAUGUGUUAACCAGCUGGGCUAUUGUCUGCAAUGUGUGGUACCUGCCACCAAUGGUCAAAGAGGAAGAAGAAGAUGCUGUUCACUUUGCUGACAGAGUCAAGGCUGUCAUCGCUGCUCAGGCAGGAAUGUCUGUGCUUCCUUGGGAUGGGGGACUGAAAAGGAAAAAGGUCAAAGAGUCUUUCAAGGAAGAGCAACAGAAAAAAUAUUGCCAGAUAGUAAUAGAAAAUGGAUCUGUGGGAAAUGGAAAUGUUUAUUAAAUGCUAUUUAUUUUAUUUCUCCAUGACUUAUCUCUACCAUAAAAUAGACUGGCUUUAUAUUAAACCCAACAUGUUUUUCUUCUGUCCCUGUAAGAUAUUUUGCUUGUGACACAACAGGGAAACAAUGAAGAGAUAUCCUUAUUUAAAGCAAAGUACUAUAAUUUUAUAAUAGGAAAAUAUAAAAUAUGAUAAUAAAAUUCUCCUGAUGCUGAGAAGAAUCUACAGUAAAAUUAAUUAUGUUCAUUAAAAUAUGACUUUAAAAUA